AUGUUGUCUAGAACAUUUUUCCGGCCGGCAUAUACGGCAUUUCAGUUCAUACAGGCCGGGCGACUCACGAGACAGUUGACGACCACCUCCGAACAAGCACUACCAUCAUCACAAUCACCAACAAAUACAAUUGAUUUGAUACAGGAGAUAUCCCAGUUGGCACAAGAUAACAAAACUCCGGAGACGCCAGCGGAAGCUCCAAAAUCGAAUGCGGAGUCAUCCAAGUCGAGUGAAACAGAUCAAGUCAAGCAAUGGCCUCAGCGUAUAAAGGAUGUCGCCGAGACUUCUCGUCUUCCCAGGAGCGUUCAAGCACUCUAUUUACGACCACUUAGGAGGAAAGCACAGCAUGGCUUACCAGUUUGUGACCUUCAACUUCGAUCGUACAGUGUGCGCAACGUCGAGUUCUUUGCCGACUUUGCGAUCCGCGCCGCCUAUUACCUCAAUCUCCCUGUCUCCGGACCCGUUCCUCUCCCCCGGAUAGUUGAACGUUGGACAGUUCCUCGAAGCAAUUUCGUGCACAAGAAGAGUCAAGAGAACUUUGAACGAAUCACACUACGCCGACUUAUACAGAUUAAGGAUGGCCAUCCAGAGACUGUACAGCUGUGGUUGGCAUUUUUGCGACGACACGCAUUCUACGGUGUCGGAAUGAAAGCGAAUGUCUUUGACUUUGAUGAUUUGGAUGUCGGCAGUGGACUCGACGCGACAGCAGAUGAUGUGGAUAAGGCCUUGGAGCCAUACUUUUCUCAAUUCGGUCAGCGAUAUGACGCGAAGCAGAAGAAGUCAAUUGUCGAGCAGAUUAAUAGUGAGAGAUUUACGAACCCCAGAAGUCCCAUGAACGAAGUUCGAAAGGUUCACUACAUGUCAAUCUUACCUCCGACCAAGAUGCGCCCUCCACCCCUGAAAUUAAGAAGUGAGUUACAGGUAUUACCAUCCAUACGAUAUCGUCCAUGUCCCGGCCGAAUUCAAUUCCAUUCGCGACGACGUACCGUUUACACCUCCGCAACAGCUGACGCAUCUCGGAACCGAGUCAUUUUCUCCGGUAUACAACCAACGGGCAUUCCUCACCUGGGAAACUACCUAGGAGCUCUACGAGAAUGGGUGCGAUUACAAAAUGAUGCAGAUCCCAUGACCAAAUGUAUAUAUUCGAUCGUCGACUUGCACGCUUUGACGGUGCCUCAGGAAGCUACACAGUUGCGGCAAUGGAGGAAGGAAAGUUUUGCGAUAUUGCUUGCCAUUGGGCUUGAUCCAAGCAGGUCUAUGCUAUUUUAUCAGUCUGAUGUUUCGGCGCAUGCAGAGCUAAUGUGGAUUCUAAGCACAGUAGCUUCUAUGGGCUAUCUUUCUCGAAUGACUCAAUGGAAGAGUAAAUUACAACUACCCGAGGAUACUGACUUGGAGAACGAUAACGCAAAGUCCAAGUUAAGAUUAGGACUCUUUUCCUACCCAGUCCUACAAGCUGCAGACAUUCUUGUGCACAGGGCCACUCAUGUACCCGUGGGCGAAGAUCAAAAACAACACAUUGAGUUCACACGAUAUACGGCCAACAGCUUCAACCACCUAUUUGGGAACCUAUUUCCAUCCCCCGAAGGCCUGAUAUCUCCGGCUCGUCGUGUCAUGUCUCUAAAAGAUCCUAUCCAUAAGAUGUCAAAGUCGGAAACUGAUCAAAAAUCAAGAAUACUUCUCACCGACUCGGAGAAGGACGUUCAAACAAAGAUCAAAUCUGCGCUCACUGAUUCCGAGCCUGGAAUCUCAUAUGAUCCGGCCCGCCGGCCGGGUAUCUCAAAUCUCAUUGAAAUAUUAAGUCACCUGGAGGGACCCAACGGAAGAAGCUGCGAAGAGAUAGCGUCGGAGUUGCAAUCAACGAGUAUUAAGGCGCUCAAGGACCGUGUGGCAGCGACAAUCAAUGCCCAUAUUCAACCUAUCCGUGACAGGUAUUUGGAGAUUGUCAGCAGAGAAAACGGUUACCUUGAAGAUAUUGCUGAGCAGGGAGCUGUCAAAGCUCGCCAGAACGCAAAUGAAACCAUGAAGGCGGUUCGGUUUACCAUGGGUUUGUAACAACAUAGUUAGGGUCCGGCAAAGAACGGUGUAUGAUAUGAAAGGCUAGACUUGUAAAAUACUUGGACUAUGUAAAUUACUAUAGAGCUUGAUGUAUAUAAAACGCUACCAUUCAACUCAGGUACAACUGAAACGAAACC